GUUUGCUCGGUAGUUUUCCUUCCCAGCCCGACGUCCCUCUCUAUUCUCUCCUCCUGCUCAGACACCACCCCCCGACUUCUCUUUCUUCCCCCAUCUCCCGUCUUUCUCUUGACUGCUCUCUCCUCUCUUCCUCCAUCUCUCUCAAUUCGCUCUAUCUCUUCUCCCCGUUGCGCCGCAGCCUGUCGUGCACAGCCGCUGCCAAGGCCUUGCUCCACAGGCUGAGCCGCCGCAAUUCCUUGCCGUCUUCGGUUGCAGCUUCAUCACGCUGGUAAGUUCCCGUUCUUUUCUCUGUGUGCUCGUAUCUCUCAGCUCUUCUCUGUCUCUGCCCCUGUUUCGUGGCUGCGCCUCCACACAGCUCCUCCCAAGCACGAAUACGCCGCCAAGCCACUCCACCGUGACACUGUAUCAACUUGUCGACACGGAUGCUGCUUUUCCUCGCCGGUGAGUCUCUCUCUCUGCUGCAGCCUCCGCCGCACCCUACUUGGAGUACGUCGCUCCACAUGCCGGGUUCAGCCGCCGCUAAAAUAGUCCGUCUCUCGAGAUGACUUUGAUGGCUGUGACAAUUGAAAUAGAUGGCAUGUGACAUGAUUAUAAUAGAAAGGGAAUCUCUUUCUACCCUGUAGCUGUCACGAAACCCUCUUUCUGGAGCUUUAUGAAUCGCCUGUUUUAGUGAAGUAAUUAAAACAAGGAUGUUUACCAAUGAACAGAGACAAGAAGAGCGAACGGGAAGAUACGGAACUCCAAGGCUGCAAUAUCUUCAAGAAUUGGUAAGCCAGUUUCAGAGUUCUACCGAUGAAGAAACAAAAGAGAAAAUUGGUGCUAACCUGGCAAACUUUGCUUAUGACCCGUACAAUUAUAAAUUCUUGCGCCAGCUCAAUGUUUUGGAGCUUUUUCUUGAUUGCAUAACAGAACCUAAUGAGAAGCUUGUGGAAUUUGGGGCUGGCGGGAUAUGCAAUUCCUGCGCUGAUCCAUUGAAUGCUGAAGUUGUCACUCAGUGUGGUGGGAUUCCUCUUAUUGUUCAAUGUUUAUCAAGCCCUGUUAGAAACACUGUGAACUAUGCACUUGGGAGUCUUUAUUAUCUCUGCAACGCAUCUAACAGGGAAGAAAUUUUAAAGCCGGAAGUGAUCGACCUCAUCAGGAGGUAUGCUGAUGCUGAAGCGGUUAGUGUCAGCUUUAGUAAUUUGGCCAAGGCAUUUUUGGACAAACAUGUUAGAACGAGUGAGACUAAAUAAGCUUGCUCUCCCCUAAUGAAUCUUUCAAUGACACGACAAUCAUAUGGAAGAUUGGUUCUAAAUUCACAAUUAUUUUCCCUUUCUGAUUU